AAAACAAAUACUGAGAUUUUCCCAUUUUUUGCCAAAAACAAAACCAAAAAUUUAACAACCUCAAAAAGUAUUUAGUUUAUAACGUUUUAAAGUUGCUGUUUCCAUCUUUAUUGUCUUCGUCUUCGUCUUAGUCAUCAUCCUCAUCAUGUCGGCAAUUAGCAAUCGCAGUCAAAAAAUGGAACAACAGCGCCAACUAAUGGAAGCCUACAUAAGACAAAAACGAGCUUCACCUGGCAUGGUACAAGCCAGUGAUUUACAAAUAAACCGUCCCAUGUCUGGUUUGCGUAGCAACACCAAUAAUGCACGCGAAUUACAUGCCUAUGAUGGACCAAUGCAGUUCAUAAGUUCUACGCAAAAUCCAGACCAGAUACUCAGCAAUACCACAGCUGAUGUCAAUUCUCCCACCAGCAUGGCCUCCACAGUGGUCAGUAAUAGCACAAAAUAUGCUACGAAUUCAAAUCAUUUGAGAACGCCAAAAAGGACCAAUGUCAAAGUAGAUGAAGAUCUUAUAGAGGAAAUUUCCACACAUGACCUGGAAGAUGAGGAAAGUAGUCCGGUGGUGUUAAGCGCCGAAACUCCUCAUCGCAAUAUACACAGUAGUUCAACGAAUUCGGCCUCUUCCCAGCCCAGACAAAGAUCAAGGCAGCAAUCCUUUGAUGAUACACUGGAUGAAGAAGAUUAUGCCAAUCGCAAUAGCAUAGCAUUGGCAGCUCCAGUUAUGCCUGCCAAGCAAACUAACAACUCGUCCAACAAUUCACCCCAUGCCGCUGGUAAUGCGGCCAAUGGUCAAGCAGGUGAAAGCAAUGAGCCCACAGAACCAGAAGGUGAUGUUAUAGGCAAUAUUGAGCAUUUUGUCAUGCAACCCGCUCCCCAGGGUGUGCUGUAUAAAUGUCGCAUAACCCGUGAUCGCAAAGGCAUGGAUCGUGGCCUAUUUCCCAUAUACUAUUUGCAUUUGGAGAGGGACUAUGGCAAGAAAAUAUUUCUAUUGGGAGGACGCAAACGCAAGAAGAGCAAAACCUCAAAUUACAUUAUAAGUUGUGAUCCAACCGAUUUGUCACGCAAUGCCGAAGGUUAUUGCGGCAAAUUGCGCUCGAAUGUGUUUGGGACCUCAUUUACAGUAUACGAUAGUGGCAGCAAAGAGAAUACGGAAAAUCCGCGACAGGACUUGGCUGUGGUAAUAUAUGACACCAAUAUAUUGGGCUUCAAAGGACCACGCAAUAUGACUGUAAUACUGCCUGGCAUGACUGAAGAUGAUCAAAGAGUGAAAAUAAGCUCUGCAGAUCCCAAGCAACAGGGCAUUAUGGAUCUCUGGAAAAGUAAACAUUUGGAUAAUAUUGUUGAACUACACAAUAAAACCCCCGUUUGGAAUGAUGAAACACAAUCGUAUGUCUUAAAUUUUCAUGGACGUGUCACCCAAGCAUCCGUAAAGAAUUUCCAAUUGGUUCAUGAUUCAGACCCAGAAUAUAUUGUCAUGCAAUUUGGACGCACCUCUGAGGAUGUCUUUACCAUGGACUAUCGUUAUCCAUUGUGUGCAUUACAGGCCUUUGCCAUUGCUCUGAGCAGUUUUGAUGGUAAAAUAGCAUGUGAGUGAAUGGGGGAGGAAAAUCGUAUACACGAAAGACAGAGCUUAUUUUUUAUGAAACGUCAAGGGUCACAACACAGUACAUAACUCGAAUUCUGCUGACAAGUUAGUUAUCUAAAAAGAAAAACAUUAUAGCUUUAGUGUUAAACAUAGUCUCGAAGAUCCAUAAACUGAUAACGAAUGUUUAUGUUAGAAGUCUGAUCGUUGGCAUAGAUGAUUUUUAAUUUUUUUUUAUUAUUUGUUAUAAAACUUUAGAAGUAACGCUGCAAACAUUUUCGUCACUAGGCCAUUCAAAAUAAUCUAUGUACGUAUAGGUCAUUACAUCAAGAAAUGUAAAUAAUUAGAAAAUAGGUUGGAGCAUAUUUUUAAAAUCUAUUCCUCUAAUGAAAUCAUUAAGUAAGGAUAAAAAAUAUAUUAAAAAUUUCCAUAUGGCUACCUACUGGCGCACAACAUUAUCAUAAUAGCCAAAAAUUUCUCUCACCGGAAGGGUGAGUCUUAUGACUUAUUG